ACUUACCACUUUCAUCCUCAAAAUUCAAUAUCAAGUUGAAGAAAAAACAAAGAUAAAGUAAUCAAAAAAGCAUCUCACCAAAUAUGGAACAAGAAGCUUCACCGUUCGAGACAAGUGAGAUGCUAGCUAGGUUUUUGGGGUCAACGCCUUUGUUGACUGAAUCAUGGAAAUUAUGUGCUAGAUCAAAUAUCAUGGCACCUCAAGGCUUCUUGACUGAAGAAGUUGGAGGUGUUACUUAUGUAGCGUUUUCUGGGGUCCAAUCUGUGGACGGAUUGGACCCUUUUUGCGGGAACUUGGUUCCUCUGUCGAGCACCACCACCGGAGUGUUAUCGUCUGGUGGCGGCGGCGACGGAGGGAUGUUUUCCGCGCUAGAAAAACAAAGUGAUGAUAACCUAGUGAUGGUGGAUGCUGGUUUGCUUCACUUGUUUUUGACUAUUUAUCACACCCCUGUUUUUCAAAAUCAGAUGUUUGAGAUCAAGAAGAAACAAAAAGCUGUUGUGUUCACCGGGCACUCCAUAGGGGGCGCAAUGGCCGCCCUGUCAUCGCUUUGGUUCCUAUCGUAUCUCCAAUCCAUCUCGUCCCCUCCAUCGGUGAUUUGCUUCACAUUUGGUUCACCUUUGAUCGGUAACGAAUCUCUGUCUCAAGCCAUUCAUCGACAACGAUGGGGUGGAAACUUUUGUCACCUUGUAUCGAAAUUUGACAUAAUUCCACGCCUAUUUUUUGCACCAUUAGCUCCCAUCAAAACUCACCUUCAUACCCUUUUAAAAUCUUGGCACCUAACCAUGAAUUCACCCUUCUUUAUUUGUGAUCUCGGAACUCAACUCGAUGAAAAAGCAAAAUCCGAGCUGUUUCAUUAUGUUCUUCAUUAUGUUGAGUCCAUUGCCCGAUCACCGGGGUUGGCUGCAAGUUCAUUUGUGCCAUUUGGGAACUUCAUGUUUUGCUCUAGUGAUGGCGCGGUUUGCAUUGAUGACUCUAACGCUAUUGUUAAGAUGCUUCAUUUAACAUUUGCAGCCGGGUCUCCUAGUUUUAGUAUCAACGAUCAUCUCGAAUAUGAAAGUCAUGUUGGCAAGAUUAGCUUACAGUUCUUGAACCAAAAUGAAGAAGAGUUGUGUGAAUCCAACUCCUAUGAAGCCGGUGUUACACUCGCAUCACAAUCUAUGUCGGCUGGCCAUGAAGAUACAAUGAUCCUCACAAAAGAUUGCCUAAAGAUGGCUAGGCGAAUUGGGCGUACCCCAAAUCUCAAUAGUGCAGAGCUAGCAAUCCGUUUGUCAAAAGUUGUGCCUCUAAGAGCACAAAUCGAGUGGUACAAAGAUUUGUGUGACAAAUCUGAUGAUCAACUGGGAUACUACGAUUCGUUCAAGAUAAGGGGUGCAUCAAAGCGUGAUUUCAAAGUGUCCAUGAACCGUAUCAAACUUGGAAACUUCUGGGACGACGUUAUAGGGAUGCUGGAAAAGAAUCAACUCCCUCACGACUUUCACAAACGAGCCAAGUGGGUGAACGCAUCCCAAUCCUAUAAACUCCUCGUCGAGCCCCUAGACAUUGCUGAAUACUACCGUAGUGGUGACUAUCGGAAAAAGGGACACUAUCUAAAGCACGGGAGGGAGAAGCGGUAUGAGAUUUUUGAUAAAUGGUGGAGGGAAAGAGACAUAUAUGGAGAAAACGAGUGUAAUGGUAAUUCUAAAAGGAGUAAAUUUGCGAGUCUAACCCAAGACUCGUGUUUUUGGGCGAAAGUAGAGGAGGCUCGAGAGUGGGUAGAGAAUGUUAGGAGUGAAAGUGACCCGAGGCGGCUAACGGUCUUGUGGAUGAAUAUCGAGAAGUUCGAGCAGUAUGCUUGGGGUAUGGUCGAGAGGAAAGAUAUAUCGAUCGAUGUUUUAGCAAAAAACUCGAGCUACAUGGUUUUGGUUGAAGAAUUAAGAGUCUUAAAAUCACAUUUGCAACAUUUUUCUAAUCAAAUUCCUGGUGUUUUGGAUAAGAAAGUUGUACCAUAGAUCAUAAAUGUUACAUAUUUAUAUGUUUAUGAUGAUGAAAUGGCAUAUUAAAGCCUUCGACUUAAUUAAUAGCAUAAAAUAGUUGUAGCGGUUGUAUUAUAUUUAACAAAAUUGCUGUGUCUCAUGUAUGAACCCUUUUUGUAAAUAAAUACGAGUAUAAUUGUUGGAAA